UUCAGGAAAUCGCGUAGCACAUUUUGUGUAAACGUCGCUUAGCGGUUGUAACGUCACCGAAUCGUCCCAGUGGUCGAAAAAAGGAAUGGUUGCAUUGCUGUCGUUAUUACGAUCGGAUUGCAAGCAGCAGCAGCAGCACCAGCACCAGCAGCAACAACCACAGCAACAGCAAACCAGUAAGAGAGGUCGCCCUUCGACGUCGACCACUGCAACCACGACGAGAGGCGGUGUAGUUUUGGCGAGCAGACGCGCCAGCAACACUUGGGACAGUAACAGCUACGAUAGCGGAAACGACAAUGGUGGUGGUACGCGUACGUCUACCCGUGAGGUGGUAUUUCCCGACUCGUUCGAGGUAUUGCCGCAGCCUUGUGAUCUUAGUGUUGUAUAUAUGGGCGUUCCGCACGAGCAACAACGAAAGUUUCGGUGCCAAUUUUGCGGAAAGGGUUAUAGAUGGAAAAGCACGAUGCGUCGUCAUGAAAUGGUCGAAUGCGGAGGCAAGCCGCCGGCAUUUCAGUGCCCUAUGUGCCCUUACAAGGCCAGGCAACGUGGCAAUUUGACGGUACACUACAAGCGUCACCAUCAAAAAAUCGAGUACGACGAAAGCGCCUAGAAUCUAAAUCGAAGUUACGAAUUUUGUUUUGGAUUUACACGAUCGUCCUAGAAAUCGGAACACGUACACGUGCACUUUUCUGCUUCUCUUGUUUCGAUUCGACCUACCUUCCUUCUCGUACCUUAUCGGGUUAAUUUUGCACAAUUUCCCUUUUUUCCUUCGUUUUGUUUCUCAUCUAGAGUUAAUUGCAUUCAGGCGUUGUAAAUAGCAGACGACGAAAUAGUAAAAGGAAUCGUUCGAUUUUCUUUUUCUCGGGUUUGUUACCUCAAUACAAGGAUUUAUUAUAUUUUGAUUCUAUACCUGUACAUAAUUUCAAUUUAUGUAUCGUUAUUUAAAGUUUCUUUUUACUUUUAUCCUGUAAAAAUCGUUUCUUAGAAUUAGUUGAUUGAACGACAAUCAAUUGUCCUUUUCGUUUCUUUCUUCUUCUUUUUCUUUUUUUUCUUUUUUUUUCGUUUCCCUGCAUUUUUCAUUGCCAAACGAAGGUCGAACUGGCAUUUACUUUAUCGUUUAAAUCUCCUUUCAAUUUGUUUAUUAUAUGUAUAUCGAGUACUUACGAGGAUCGUACUACGAUCGGCGCAAACUUUAAUACAUUAUCUACGAAAUGUAAAGGAAUAAUUUAUUCUAAAAAGGUACGAUUACUCGUGGCACUUUCGGCCUUUACGAUAUCGUAGAGUGAAAAUAACAUUGUCAAACGACAUUUAUCUCGCACGCAAAACAUUAGGAUAGCCGCUUUCUCUCAUCGACUGAUCAACGUCGAAAUAACAUUGACGAUCGUGUUACCACUUUUGAAAUUUGUUAUCUUAGAGUCGUGUACGUACAUUUUCUUGUACUUUCAUAUAUAUACUUUAGACAUUUUUGUGUUUAGAUACUAAGUUAAAUACUUUCAUGUUAAAACGUUACAAGGUACGUAAGGUAAAUGGAACUGAAGAAAUAGUACACAUGAAAUUAUAUAUCAUUUCGAUGUAAUAGGGUUAAGCGAUGAUAGUGCCUUCGACAAAACUAAAAAAAGAAAAUAUAUAUAUAUAUAUAUAUAUAUGUAUACACGUACAUAUAUAAGCGCAUGUGCGCUCGAUAUGUAUAAAAGUAAUCUUAGGCGUAAAGCGAUCGUGUAUUUAUCGCGAGCAUUUAUCUCCGGAAAAUCGGUUACCUGAAAACACUUAGAUUUACGAUAGACGAUAAUAAAAGUACCAAAUCUUUCGACUUUGCCCUUCGUUCGAAUACAACGCGCGAUAGCUUUGAUACCUUUGUGCAAUGUAUACUUUGACUAUAGCGCGUGCAACAAACGAAAUGAAAUCUAGUGGCAAAGUGAAAGAUAUAGAUGACGAUGAGUCGUAGGAAUCAUAACGUCGUACCAUAUAUUUUUUUUCUUUUUUUUUCUUUUCAGAUCGCUACGAAUCUCUGUGAAUCGUAAUCGCAUUUAGAAUGUCUGGUUUGACAAGCAAUCGUAAUCGCUCAGUAUCAGCGAAAUACUUAAUAACAAUAUAAUAACGAUGCUAUAAUCGUUAUGAUUAACGAACGUCCAAUUUGAUACUGCGUAAACUCGUUAGGAUUAAACACGUUACGAAGAAUCGCAGACGGGACAAUCGACAUUAUAAUCUUUAGGAAUUAUUAUACUUUUUAGACGAAUUUACCAAUGCGGAGAAACUUGCUCCUCUUAAUCUUAAUUCAGCGGAAGGAUCGACUAAAUUUGCUCAAGCGAACAAAAGGGUCGAUCUCUGCGCUAUUCUUUCUACGAAUUACCCACACGGUUUGUGACUUUUAUUUAGGCGGAAAAACGCUUUCAUCGGAAGAUGUAAACUACUCGAACAUUCCUCACUCGAACAUUCCUUCGUUUUAUCGAGAUCGACUCGUUUGUCCUUCUACGUACAAGUAUAUAUUCCUAGCCUUAUAAGUAGUAACGUUUUCCCAUUUUUAUAUAAACAUUCGUACAUGCGUAUAGUAGAAAGAGGCAGAGGUGGAGAACAUAUACAUACAUCUGCAAAGAAUGGGAAAAGAAAAGGAUUCGUUGGGAGAACUUUUCUAAACGAAGUCCAGUAUUUUUGAUAUCAGUAUUUACGGAUGCUCGCAUCGACCUGCUUGGCGAAUUAACCUAGGAUAUACUCGUUCUACCCGAUUUCCCCCUGUACUUUCCGUUGUUAAGUUCGGGGCGACUUUGCGUUUGGCGUGCUUUAUACGGGGACCAAUCGACCAACCAACCGCGAAUAAUUCCACAAUGUAUCCGACUUUUAUAACCGCUGGACAUUUCAAGGAGACGGGUACCUUCCGUAUGUUACUCGUGUCUUUGAUGUUCCUUGUUUCAGUUCUGUUAUAGAUGAAUAAUGCAUUAACGAGGAAAGAAUGCAAGUCGUCUCUCUCGAAUACUCGUUCCGAUAUUUAGCACUUUAAACUCUCUUUUUGGAAAGAUUUAUCUGUCGGAUUACGAAUAUCUAUUACGAUUAUCUGCAGUUAAUUUUAUUAUUAACAUUAUUAUUAUUAUUAUUAUUAUUAUUAUUAUUAAUUAUUAUUAUUAUUAUUAUUAUUAAUAAAAAAAAUAA